AGUUUCUCGUUCAUUUGUCCAUCGACGAUUGCUCUUGUAGGAAGUUCAAGGAAGGAGUGGACGACGAAGACGCUGCAUUUAUAUAUUUGAAUAUAUAGUUUACUUUUUUUAAUUAGUCACGUUCAGUUCCGAGUGCCGAGAGUGUCGCCCGUGUUAAGUGGAAGUAUUUAUUUAGGCCCUUAAUUUAAACAUUUCUUCAAUUCGACCUCGAGUGUCCGUGCGCGUUAACAGUAAACGUAUUGGUAGUGGUAUUUUGAUAGUGCAAUUAGCCUGAAUAUCGUGCAGCCGCUAAAUUAGUUGUUUAUUCGCGUCGACCGUGUACAAUUGUAUUUUGAGAUCGCAAUAUGUUCAGCAGUCGCUCUUCGUUUUUGGCAAAUCGCCGCAUGAUUUUCGAUUUUUCUGAGAAAAACGACAGCGAUUUGUACUUGGAUGCAUUUGGUAUGAGCGAUAAGAGCAGCAGUGCAACGAACAGCCUGCCCAAUAGCCCCAUACAUAGCAACAACAAUAAUCCAACUCUGCUGAACAACAACAACAACACUAGUAGCAGCAAUAAUAGCAUCAACGGGGGCAACAACAACAACAAUCCAAGCUUGGGCAGCAGCAACUCACUGGUGGCCGUUGGCAGUAACGGUAUAAUGUCCGCCGCCGGACUGGUGAACAACAACAACAAUCCAUGCAGCGCCAAUCGUAAUGUCGUGAGCAUGGACGAUGAUUCGUGCUUCCGUUUGGACACGGACACCACCGUGGUCACGUAUGGAAAGGAACCGGAUCCGGAUAACAUCAAAAUGUUUGUCGGCCAGGUGCCCAAGUCGAUGGAUGAGUCGCAGCUGCGUGAGAUGUUUGAGGAAUACGGCCCAGUGCACUCGAUCAAUGUGCUAAGAGAUAAGGCCACGGGAAUAAGCAAGGGUUGCUGCUUUGUGACGUUCUAUACGAGACGCGCCGCCCUGAAAGCCCAGGAUGCUUUGCAUAAUGUUAAGACGCUGAAUGGGAUGUAUCAUCCCAUUCAAAUGAAGCCUGCCGACAGCGAGAAUCGCAAUGUUAUAACAAACCCCAUGCUUCAAUCCCACUGUACGCAAUGUACUCUAGUUUUCAAAAAUUCACAAAAGGCAUCCAACAAGGACAAAUGA